UGCUAAAUCAUUAUGUCUGGUCGCGGUAAAGGAGGCAAAGCAAAGGGAAAGUCCAAGACUCGUUCCAGCCGUGCUGGUCUGCAGUUCCCAGUUGGUCGUGUACAUCGUUUCCUGAGAAAGGGCAACUAUGCCGAGCGCGUCGGUGCCGGUGCUCCAGUCUACUUGGCUGCAGUACUCGAGUACUUGGCCGCUGAAAUCCUUGAGUUGGCCGGUAACGCCGCCCGUGACAACAAGAAGUCCAGGAUCAUUCCCCGUCACUUGCAGUUGGCUGUUCGUAACGACGAGGAAUUGAACAAAUUGAUGUCCGGUGUAACCAUCGCACAAGGUGGUGUACUCCCUAACAUCCAGGCUGUACUUCUACCCAAGAAAACCCACGCCAAAUCCAAGUAA